AUGCCAUCAUCACGCAGCUGGACUGAAGAUGCUAUGCAAUCAGCAAUUACUGCUUAUAAAAAUGGUGAAGGAAGUUAUUUUUCAGUAGCUGGAAAAUAUGGAGUUACUAAAUCUACACUUCAAAAAAGAAUUGUAUUGGGUCAAAAAUCUUGUAAAGAUGGUCACAUAAAUCAACAAUUACUUACUAAAGAACAAGAAAUUUCAAUUUGUUUAUAUAUUGCUUCUUGUGAUAUGUGUAAUAACGGUCUAACUUCACUGGAAAUAAGAGAAAUAAUUUCUAGAUUUGUAAAGAGUUUAGGAAAAAAUCAUCAUGUUGGUGUAAAGUAUCCUAAUAAAUUACUUAAAAAAUAUCCAUGGAUCAAAAUGGUUAAAAGAUCGCCAUUAGAAUCUGGAAAAUUAAAUGAAAAAUCAAUCAAUAAUUCACAAAUCGAAAUUAUUAAUGAAUUAACAUUACCAAUUGUUGAAUCUUCAUCAUUUAACCAAAGUAAUGAUACAAUAAGUGAAAGUCCAGUUGCUUCUUUGAAGGAAAUCCUUGAUAUGUUGCCACUGGAAGGAAGACAAGAUACUGCAAGACUUAAAAGAGCUAUUAUUAAGUGGGACAAAUCAUUGAGUGAUAAAAUCAAAGAAUAUGAAAUGCAAAUUAAAGAAUAUGAAAUGCAAAAUUUUUUAACUCAAGAAAAAACUAAUCAAUUGGAAACAAAAUUGCAAGAAUACAAAAGAGCCAAAAGCUAUUAA